AGUCUGUUGAAAGAUGAAGGCAUUAACCUGCCCAAGUCCGUGCCGUCCCUCAAGUCGCCAGUCCUGGCGUCCCGCCCGGACAACCUGGGCACCUCCCCGCUGGGCCAGCCACCAGCCCACGUGACCCACCCGGCCUCCGCCCCCACCACCCCCUCCACCUUCCUCCCCCACAUGCCGAUGUCGCAGAAACAUCACUCGGGCUCCGCCACCUCUUCCCCCACAGCCUCCUCCUCCAUCACAACCCCAGUUUUCCCUACAGCCUCCUCCUCCUCCUCCUCCUCCUUCCCUCAGUCUUUUCCUCGUUGUUCCCCUCCUCGGUCGCUGAGUCCGGACUCAGACUCGAGCCACUCUUCCCAGGAGGCUCCCGCUGUCCCGGCGAUCAUCACUUCUUCUUACGCCGUUGCCACUGCUGCCGCCGCUAGCUCCCCUGCUGUGGCUCUCGCCAGUAAUGUCGGUGACCUUUCCGGAGGUCAAGUGUCGCUGGGUCAGAGGCAGAUGCUGAGCCCUCUGGUGCCGAAGGGCGACCACGCCCAGAUGCCCACCGGGGUUGAGAAUAAUGCGGUCGACGAGAGUGGCGAUGAGGAGAAUCAUCAGCCGGAGAGCGAUGAGAAAGGAGCCGUCACGGAAGACGAUUGUGACGUGUCUGAAAAAGCGGAGGAUUCCUCCUGUGAGGACGAGCCCGAAGAUGUAGUAGAUACGAAACCGGAGCAGCAAGGUGCUGUUGUUGUUGGUGGAGAGCGCGCUGGUGAGAACGCGUCCCCCACGCCCUCUGUAGAGGCCUCUGGACACGCCCAGGGAGGGGAGAAAGACGCAGCGGAGGACGAGACCUCCGACGAUCAUGGCGACACUGUGGACUCGGAAAGCGAUGACGUCAAAUGCGAGAGCGCCGUCGACAAAGACAGCGAAGACCACCUUGAAGACGGGGAGGUGUUGCCUGCUUCUGCUUCUUCAUCUUCUUCUUCCUCUGAAGCCUCCAAAGAGCCCAAAACGGAGACGUCGCCUGAAGAAUCCGUGCUGGUUCCGUCUGGAGAUGCCGCUCGCGUGGAUACCGCCGAGUCUUCUUCCAUGCCCCUAUCUCCGGGCUGCUCAGCAGCUGCAAAUCUGUCGACAACGACUCAACAGCAACAACAACAACAGCAACAGCAACAACAACAACAACAGUCCUCCGCUCAAACGGCGGCCAGCACCACCCUGGCUGUGUCCUCACUCACCGGGACCUCCCCCUACGCUCACCCCCUCUCCGUCUCUGUGCCCGCCAACAACGUGCGGUCGGAGCACAUCUGGGUUCCGCCCACGUUAUCCCCCCAGUCUAAACUCCUCAGCCCUCACCACCACCACCACCACCACCACCACCAUCAACAACAACAACAACAACAGCAUCAACAUCAUCCACAACAGCAACAGCAGCAGGCGACGCCAAACUCUCUCCACCAGCCCCAGCUCCCCCCUCCCCCUGUUGCUCACGCGCCCCACAAAUCGCCGGCCACCUCGGACGCCUACGAGUUCAAACCGGACACCCAUCAUGAUUUCUUUCUGCAGAAAUCGAAAGAGGCUCUUUCAUUGUCGUCGUCGUCGUCGGGAGAAGACAGCAGAGGCCACAAGAGACAUUUUGAUUCCGGUAAAGGCCUCGGAGGUCAUUCCGCUAUGGUGAAAAAUGAACAUUCUCCCAGCAGCGGUUUUUCUUCUUCCAGGGACCUGAAGCACAGUAGUUCGUCAGAGAAGGAUUGUGUGAAAAGAGAAACCCAAGAGCACAAUGGUAAUAACUUUUCCAAGCCUCAUAAUCCGACUUUGUCUUCCUCAUCGUUUCCCUCCUCCUCCUCGUCCUCCACCUCAUCCUCCUCUUCCAGUUCAAGAGAAAGGGAGAGAGAGGAGAGGAAUAGGCAAAGAGCGAGAGAGGAGCGUAACAGGAAGGACAGAGAGAGGGAAGAGCGCCGUGAACGAGAGAGGCGAGAAGAGAGGGAGGCGGAGAGGAAGAGACAAGAAGAGAAAGAGAGACGCGAGUCGGCGGGUAGAAGCCACUCCGAGAGCGGGAAGGCACACGAGAGCACAAGCUCCACCCCUUUGGCCGCGCACUCUAUGGAUUUAGCACGUCGCAUGACAGGGGGCGUGGCCGACGCGGCGGCCUUCAGCGACUACAUGAGGGUGUUGGCGGCCGGCCACGGGCACACGUUUUUCGGUGGGCGCUAAGAGACCCUCCUCGGAGAUGGAGGCGGCCAUGGAGAACGCCAAGAGAAUGAGGCUGGAAGGCAGGGCACACGAAUACUCGUCGGCGUGGGAGCCGUACCUCGCGGCCGCGGCAGCUGCUUCCCAGCAGAGACAACAGGCGGGCCCGUCCCUACCCUGUGGCCUCGAGUCUGCCAGCAUGGACAAGAGCGCCGAGUACCUGCGCAAACGCUACAUGGAGUACGGCCCGCAGGCGGCCUAUCUGUCGGCGCUGCCCGAGUACGCCCGGCCCAUGUACCACUGCGCAUGCCCGGAGCACCGGGACGAGGACAUCCGCAUGUGGAACGUGGAGGACGUCUGCAAGUUCCUCAACUCGCUGGACGGGUGCGGGAUAUACGCUGAUCACUUCCGCGAGCAGCGAGUGGACGGCCGUAUCUUGGCCCUGCUGACCACUGACCACCUGGUCAAGACGCUGGGCAUGAAGCUGGGGCCGGCCGUGCUGUUGGCUGAGGCGGUGGCCAAGAAGCUGCAGGAUAUCAGCAAGAUGGCCAACUGUGAUGCGUGCCGGAGCAUCGCCAUGAGCCAGCAGAUGACGCCCAUGGCCGCCCUACAGCUCUGAGCUCUACGUGUGGGUUUGGGAAAGACUCGGAAUUUCAUGAUCGCACCCAAUUCCCUCGGAGAGAUCUGUGGGGAGCUUCAUCCAGUUCGUCGACGUGAAAUCCUGUUUGUCACUAAAGGACUCGCAAUAAACUUUCUUGACUGAAAGGCGAUGGAGUAAUAAUUGCUGAGGGCUGAAAAAGCGAUACUUACAGAUAUUUAGCUUUCAGCUCCACAAUGGAAGCAGGCAGGUUUACCUGAUAUCAUUGAUGUAACAACCCUCCUGGAACAACAAUGGGUUAAAGAUAACAACAAUGAUGUCCGUAAUAUCUUAAGCUGGACCUUCACUGCGGACUGAAAGCUACUUUGGAUUUCCACGUUUGAGCCAGGAUCUUUACCAGGAGUGCGUUUGUAGUCCAGAGGUGUGAGGAAAAUGUGUAAGCGUUGGACACUCAAAAACUCAUUGGGUACCAGUGGUCCUUUUAGUAUUCUUCAUGGCUGUGACAUUUAUCAGAGUGCUGCUUUGAUUUGAUCGCCAAUUCUCUUCCCCCCCCCCCUCCCACUAUCGUUGGUAUCCUCGGAGUCUACCUACCUACGAUACAACGCUGUGUGACUUCCUUCCUUCUGGUUUGACGAAUGAAGUGAAGUUUUUUGACGUUGACUGACUUUCCAGUGUGCUGCGAUUUUCUUUCUGGAUUAUGGCAGAGUUUCAAGAGACUUGUGUUAGUUGAUAAGGACCUACUGAGUGAGCUCAAGAAAAUCGGGACCUAGUAGGUCAUUGAUUCUGAUAAUGUGGAUGGGCAAAUUUGGUGAAUCGGACAGACUUGGUGUGUGCAUGCCUCUGUCUCAUCCGAUUUGUCAGUGGCCCAGGAUCUGUUUUUCUCUUUUCUUUUUCUUUAUAUAAUGUCAGUGUUCGUGUGAGAUGAUGCCUUUUGUGAAGACAUAAAAAAAAAACCAACAUCACAGAUGUUGACGUCAGCUUUUUCAUUCUUAGUUGUCUGUCAAUAGAAUAGACCUAAAUUUGGAGUUCAUUAGGGGGUGGGGGAGUGGUGGAGAUAAAUCUUAUUUUGUAUUUAUUCAAUUAAUUGACAACGUUUUGGUCCUGAAAAUGAAAAGAUACAUUCGGGAUUACAGUACUAUAGAUCUGCUGUGCUUUCUUGAGUCCUAGCAAGAAACGAGUGUGAAGUUUAGAUGGUGUGGGGGACAUGUUCUGGAUUUUGGAAAACCUUGAGAUAAACUUCAUGUACCGUAGAAGAGACCCUGCUUGUCCUGUGUUUUUUUUGGAUGUGAUAGUAAUUUAGAGUAAUUGCACAUCAUGACUUGACUCCCAAUGUCCGUGUCUCGUGAAAUGUUUUCUUGUUUCUUGUGUAGACUUUCACUUUGUAGGAUACUUCCUUCACCCUCACCCCUCCCUUUUUAAAAAAACUUUUUAGUCAAGAUAGGUUCACCCCCCCCCCUCCCCCUUCAACACUUUCUUUUCUUGCAAGUGCCAUUUCCAGUGCCCCCAUGUUUCUUAUUGGUUCAUUUUUUCAUCUCCCACCCUGAAAACGUUGGGUGAUUUUCUUUGUAUUAUUUCAUACUACAUCUUUUGCGUCUGUUACAGUUCAACAACAGCUUGCCCUGUGGCUGCCCCGACCAAAAGUGACUUUGUGUCGCUGUGCAGCGUAUGGCUGAUUCAUUUAUCCACAAUACAUGAUGAUAAUGAUGCAUAAAAUAAUUUUCAGUACUCCUCGAGCGGGGU